GCGCCCAGAGUCCAAUGGUAAAUGUAGUUGUCGUUUGACAACAGGAGCAGUAGACGGGUGAAUACCAAACUAUCAGACUGUGUAUUGAGUGAAAGUACAUCAUUACCCCUAGAAGAAUUUAACUCAGUGAAAGAUGCAGUUCAUGCUGCUGUUCAGUAGGCAGGGGAAGCUGCGUCUCCAGAAGUGGUAUGUUCCUCUGUCUGAUAAGGAGAAGAAGAAGAUUACCAGAGAGCUGGUCCAGACAGUUCUGGCCAGGAAACCAAAGAUGUGUUCAUUUCUGGAGUGGAGAGACCUCAAGGUUGUUUACAAGAGGUAUGCCAGCCUGUAUUUCUGCUGUGCCAUAGAGAACCAGGACAACGAGCUGAUCACACUAGAGAUCAUCCACAGAUAUGUGGAACUACUGGAUAAGUACUUUGGCAGUGUUUGUGAGCUGGACAUCAUAUUUAACUUUGAGAAGGCCUACUUCAUCCUGGAUGAGUUCUUGCUGGGAGGAGAGGCUCAGGACACGUCCAAGAAGAAUGUACUAAAGGCUAUAGAACAAGCUGACCUACUGCAGGAGAUCCAGAGUGAGGACUGGGGAGGUUUACCUAAUGAGGAGAUCUUAUAGCGGGACUGGAGUACCUCCCCUUUACACCAGGUCUUGCUGGCCCCGUCAUGAGUACUUUAAUGUGCCUGUGUACUAAACGUCCACUACUGCUGUCAGCUGCUGUCACCACUCCACUGCUGUCCUGUCAACUCUGCAUGAGGAGCCCCUCCCACUCAACACGUGCCCCCCCCCAGCACAUGGUCCCUCCAGCACCUGGCUCAUCAUCCUCAGCCCCCUAAAGCGCCAUGCUUUACCAACUGAUCCACACAGGACCACGGCUACAUCGUCAAAGAGCGUCUGCUAAAUGACUUAAAUGUAAAUGUAAAUAUCAUUGGUCCACACUUUCAGUUUCUCACAUACUUUCAUCAGCUGUUUCCACUGUUUGUUGUCGAUCUGAAGAGGCCAUGGUUUACUGUGUAUAAUACAACGGGUGGGUCUAAUCCUGAAUGCUGAUUGGUUAAAUCUGCAUUCCAGCCGGUCUAUUCCACAAGUGACUACCGGCAAAAUCUAUGCCGUUAAAAUGCCUAUUUACUCUGUUCCAUCUGACUGCGCAAUCCACUGUCUCAUCAGCCCAGCCAGGCAAUUUAUGAACUUGAUCUCCACUAUAAAAAGCAUCUAGAUAUUAUCUCAUAUUUCUUU